UCAUAGACUUCUAUUAACUUUGAUACUUAUGGUUUCGCACAGAAUUUAUGCACCGUGGCGCUGCAUCAUAACCCAGCAGAAAUCGUUUUGAAAAUGUCAGAAAUAUGGGAAGCUUUGCGUAAACGUGCACGAUCGGCGGAGAACAGUAUCGAUGUGAAACUAGUUUCACUAAAUAAACUAAACUCGCAUACAGGUCGUUUAGACAGUAAUGAGGAAUCAGUCUCAGCUCGACAAGCUUUGUUCGAAACGCUUACUCAAGAAAUUGAGGGGCUGUUGACUAAGCUGACUCACGUGAAUGAUGAGAUGAACGAUGUUGUCGGCGCGCAAAGUUCGGCUGGUUGGGCGAUGAACCCUGCAGUACAGCACACACUUCGAAGACAUCGCGAGAUUCUUCGUGACUACGGCACAGAGUUCCGUCGCGCAAGAGAUAAUGUACAGCAGCAGUUGCAGAGAGAGUUCUUGCUUGCUGGUGGAAUGAGCAGCUCAAGUCAGGAAGGAUCAUGUCUCAACAAUCGUGUAAAAGGUUCAGACUUGUAUCUCAAGGAAAAUGAACACAUAAGCAGUUGUGAUCGGCUGCUUGACGAGCAAAUGGGGAUCGCGAUGGCCACAAAGGAGAACCUGGCACGACAAGGAAUGAGUUUACGAGGAAUCGGGAAAAAGAUGGACACUUUGGCCAAAAAGUAUCCGAUGAUAAACAACAUAAUGCAGAAGAUACAGUACAAAAAGCGAAAAGAUGCCAUUAUAUUAUCGACGAUGGUUUUGCGGCCGAUCAUAUGCCCUUCAAUUCUUAACUCCGACUUGGCAAAUCUUGGUGCGGAAUGCAAGAAAUUGUUGGCUGCGGGGGCGGAUUGGCUACAUUUGGAUGUAAUGGACGGACAUUUUGUUCCUAAUCUUACUUUUGGACAUCCGAUAGUUGAGUCACUAAGAAAAGAACUUGGACCCGAGCCAUUUUUUGAUGUACAUCUAAUGGUGGCCGAACCAAACCGCUGGGUCAAGGACAUGGCAAAAGCAGGAGCUAAUCAGUUCACAUUUCACUACGAAGCUGCUAAUGAGAAAGGUGGAGAUGCUGCGGUAUCGGAUUUGAUCGAGAAGAUUCAUCAAGCUAACAUGAAGGUUGGUUUCGCCAUCAAGCCGAAAACGCCAGUGGAUAAAGUUUUGCCAUUUGCCGACAAAAUUGAUAUGGCGCUGGUUAUGACCGUUGAACCAGGCUUUGGGGGACAGAAAUUCAUGGAAGACAUGAUGGACAAGGUACGCACGCUGCGAAAAGCCCAUCCUGCUCUCAAUAUUCAAGUGGAUGGUGGAAUCUCCCCUAAAAACAUAAAAAUCCCAGCUGAAGCCGGAGCGAAUGUGAUCGUGUCUGGAACGGGCGUCGUAAAAGCGCAAUGUCAGAAGACAGCCAUUGAACAGUUGCGUGAAGUGGUACAGAGGAAUAUCAAAAAUGGUCUUUAGUGUUAAUAAGUGCCAAAACAUAUACUAGAACAUUCCUGUGCUUUUUCUUGGGUUGAGAAGACGCUUUUAGGCUUUUAUCCAGGAAAAGAUUGUUUUUUUCUUCUCGUUUUGUUCGCUACUUCAUUCUUUUGCAGACGGUUACGAGAUUUCACUUAUAAAAUGUAUUUAUGCCAGUUGUCAAGUGCUUACUGUCUGUCAUAUGUGUUCAUGAUCCUGUGAGAUUGUAAUAAUAGAGAUAUAGUGUAGUAAAGAUUGGUA